AUGGUCUUUUGCACAUAUUGUGGACAGUCGUUCACUAGAGACGAACAUCUAGAACGUCAUAUUCUCACCCAUACCAAUGUCAAGCCCUUCAAGUGCUUUACUUGCCACAUGAGCUUUGCUCGUCGCGAUCUAUUACAGAGGCAUUACACCGUCCACGGCCGCAACCAGAAUAACGAAGAGGGUCUCCCGCCCCAAGGAAUAAUACCCAAGUCCGCUGGUCGCACACCCAUCGCCUGCAGCAACUGCGCAAAGACGAAGACCAAGUGUGACAAGAAGUUCCCUUGUACUCGGUGCGCCCAGAGAAACCUAAAAUGCACACUCCGGCCGACCCGGCGAGCGUCGAAAGGUGUGCAGCGUGUGGGAGGUUCGGCCGAAACUGCAAGUGGCGACUCGAGCGAAGGCGGGAGUACUACGGAAACCCAAAAUACCUCCGACAACGUCUCGCCGAGCCACGAGGGGUCAACACAGCAAGGAAAUGCACAUUCAUCUCCUGCCCAGAUCUCGCAGCCAUCACAGAUUCCCAACAGUCAACCCCCAUCGCAACGCCAGUCACAAUCGCCGUCGGCGACACAAUCACGGCAUCCUUCCAUCUCACAACCAGUGCAGGCACCACCUCAUGUCAGCCCAGAGGACAAGGCUCUUCAUCUUUCGCUUGCCAACACCCCUCCGUUUUUUGAUAACCAGGCUCCUUCUCUUCUCUCGCCACUGCCGACUCCUGUCACCGGCAUGAGUGCUUUCGUGUCGUCAACACCAAUGUCCGGAUACGACGACUUCGUAAGGACUGUACGGGAUCAUUCCGAUAACGAUAGUCCGCAGUACAUGAUGAAUCCCUGGAACACCAUACCUAUGGACACAGGCUUCGACAACAUGCAAUUAGACCCAACCUUGAUGCUUACCAUGAGCAUGGAUAUGAACAUGAGGCAACCUCAGGACGCUAUCCUUGGCAUGAUCCCAGAAAUGUCUCCUACCCAGACAUUCCAACCCAUCCCGACACCCAGGGUGGACGAAUCGUUUUCCGAUCUCCAGAUUGGCAGUUCAGCGUCGAUGUACUACUCGCCAAAUAGACAUUCGUCCAUUGCGGAUGCUGGUAUUCCCGAUCUCGGUGCAAUCAUCGCGGCUCAGGACGGCUGGACGGUCUUCCGUUGCACUCCGUCUAUUCCUUCCAACGCGUGUCCACGCACUGCACGGCUUAACCUCGAACGACUGGAGAUCAGCCUAAAGAAUCACGAAGGCUGGAGCAACUGGACGCCGUCAUGGGACGAGAACGACUUCCAGCAAGGAGGCCAAAUAUCAGUGGCGAAGUUGCAUGAAGCAACACGCGAUAAGCUUCUCGCUAUCACCCAAAGCUUCCUGCACAAAGCCCUCGACAUCCACAAGGACGGCAGUAACUCGUCCAGCAGUGGCGAAUCUCCCGGAUCCACGGCUUCUCACUCCUCAAAUUUCGUCCUCCUUCCGCCAGCUCGCGUUCUCGAGUACUUCCUCCAGUCCUAUGCCAACUCUUUCGAACGCUAUUACCCAACCUCUGCUAGGGGCGUCUUGGAUACCAACGAGCUUAUGCAGAACUACAACGACAAAGCAUCGAGUUUGCUGAUCCUUAUGAUGAUUGCUCAAGGUGCCAUGACGAUUCCGUCGAUAGAAGCGAGAUGGCUAACCGGCGGUUUCACGGAAGCAUGUCGCAUCUCACUGUUCGACCUUGUUGAGAAGAAUAUCAUAAUGGCCGGUGACCCCAUCGUGCUGCGUGCUGCUCUUCUCUUCACUGUCCAAGCGGCGUGGAGUGGCGACAAGUGGCAGAUGGAUAUCGCCAUGGGCCAGCGUGGUAUGUAUUUUGCGAUGCUGCGACAUUCGGGUAUCCUUGACGUCCAACCGCCGGCGACUCCGCACAUGAAUGGGAGCAUGACGACGGAUGCGUUGUGGAAGGAUUGGCUUCACCAAGAAAGCCGCAGUCGCCUCAUCUACUCGUGGGUCAUGGUCGAUCAAGAUCUUUCGCUGUUCCACGACACUGCGCCCCUGUUCUCAGUAACAGAGUUUGGUGCGCCAAUGCCCGACUCAGAUCGUCUCUGGCAGGCACAGACCGCUUCCAAAUGGUCUGACAUGUUCAACCAAGUGCACGAAUUCUCAAACGGCUACUCUUCGGUUGGCUCGGGAGCGAGACCACCUAGCCUGAGAGAACUCUUCCGUCACUUCCUGGACGACGAGAUUGUUGUCCAGGAUGUCCAGGAAAUUCACCUCACACCCAUGCACCUGCGUCUGCUGCUUCACCCCCUGCAGACUCUCGUUUGCCAGUUUUGCCAGCUUCUCAGCUGCUUCUCCGAUAGUGUCACUUCCUCGCGGUCGCGGAACCGGGCGCUCACAGCAGCGUCGACGCGCGUUCGCCUCGAGGAGGUACAGAGCUUGUUGGGACGCUGGUACGAUCUUGCGCAACGCUACAUGAAGUCCAACCCCGUGUGUCCCAUGAUGCAAGCCAACCUAGUCAUGUUCCACCUCAUCAGCAUGAACGCCGUCACAAACUUCCCUGAGAUCGAGCGCCUUGCGCGACGAGAGGGUAUAGACGGCACAUACCAACAGAUGCUGUGGAUGCACAAGAAGUGCUUGUCAGAUGUCCAGGAGGCCAUCACACACGCUGGUCAAGUCCUGCGUCUCAUCCGGGAAAUGCCACGAGGCAUCCGUCCCCCGUGGUGGGCAGGCGCAAUCUAUCGCGCCUCCCUCGUUAUGUGGACCGACUCACUGACUCACAACGAGUCGUUGAGCCCCAACCAACAAGGAGGCUUUCAACCACCAAACACCGCCUUCUCAGUGGAUCGUCUUCCUGCCGACCAUCCAACCAUCCUGAGAUACAUGUCCCGAAGGGAGGGCAUUCCUACCCUCACCAAGCGGGACGGAGUCCCUGUUCCGUUGGACAACAGCUUCGCAGUUCUAUCGCAUUGUAUUGAGCUCAUCGACGAGGGCGUUGCAACCCGCUUCUCCGACGGCAUCCGCAGCAAGCUCGAGAAGCUCGCGCGUGGCCAGUGAAGCGUGCCUCCCUUCUCUUCGUCUUUUGUUUUACUUU